AGUAGUUAUAUUUUUACAUAUAAUUGGUCAUAAUGUAAGGUUUCGAGUGAUUGGAUCUAGAUAUUAUAGACCAACUGAGACAGUUCACCGUUACUUUAGGGUUGUAUUGAGAGCUAUUUUGAAAUUGUAUAAACUAGUUAUUAGAUUACCUGAUGAGUCAACUCCUAGUGAAAUUAGAAACAAUCCAAGGUUUUAUCCUUAUUUUAAAGAUUGCAUUGGAGCAUUAGAUGGAACUCAUAUUCGUGCAUCCGUUCCACUUAGCAUGCAAGGAAGAUUUCGUAGCCGUAAAGGGGGGACCAAACAAAAUGUAUUGGCUACCAUUACAUUUGAUUUGAAAUUUUCCUAUGUUCUAGCUGGUUGGGAAGGUAGUGCACAUGAUUCUCGUAUUUUAAGUGAUUCACUUUCACGUCCAGGAGGAUUAAGAAUUCCGGAAGGUAAAUAUUAUCUUGCUGAUGCUGGAUAUGCCAUCCGAAAUGGAUGUAUUACCCCAUAUCGUGGUGUCCGAUAUCAUUUAAAAGAGUUUGGUGCUGAAGGGCCUGAAAAUGCAAAGGAACUAUUUAAUCUUCGUCAUUCAUCAUUACGAAUCACUGUUGAACGUGUUUUUGGGAUUUUGAAGAAACGGUUUCGUGUAUUAGAUGCUGAACCAUUUUGGAAUUUUCAAACUCAAGUAGAUAUAGUGUUGGCUUGUUGUAUCAUUCAUAAUCAUAUAAUGGGAGUUGAUCCUAGUGAUUUACUUAAUCAAGGAUUAUACGAGGCGUCUGAGUCUGAUUUGAUAAUACCAACUCUCACGGAGCGAGAAGAAAGACAAGAAGCAAGAGAAUGGUCUGCUAAGAGAGAUGAAAUUGCACAAACUAUGUGGACUGAUUAUAUGGCUAGAAAUAUUUAGGUUUAGGGCUUAGGGUUGUUGUUUCUAUGUUAUGUAUGUUUUAGUAUUUAAAAUUUUUUGAAUGUUGUUUUUGUAAAUGUUGGUUGGAUAAUGAUAUUGAAAUUUUAGUUUGUUGGAUUUUGA